ACCUACGCUCCCAUCAACGCCUAUCUCAUCGGCGCAGCCAGCAUCGGGCUAGGUCUUCACGCCAUCUUCCGGCCCCGCGAGGAAUACGCACGAUUCGGCCUCCCGCUCCCACAUGCCUCGGCACGGCGAGGACCACCUGAUACUACCAAGAACCCCUCGCCUCUGGAUGAGCAGCGGAACAUAGCACGGCCGGAUAAGAAGGAGGAGGAGGAGGAGGAGGAAGAGGAGGGAGAUGUCUCGCCGCUAAUGUACAUCAAGGGCAUACGGGACAUCACAUACGGCCUCGCGCUGGUGGGGCUGCAGUACGAAGGACACAGCGCCGCGGGGGUGACCUUGGUCGCUGGGGUAAUGGCGCUGGCGGGACUGGGGGAUGGGAUUGUGGUUUGGUGCUCUGGU